AUGUCGUUGACGACCAGAGAUGAUGUACGAAAUCGGCUGCGGCCUUUUGGAGUCAUAUUCGAAUCAACAUUAACUGAUCUCAUUAAGGGUAUUCGAGCCGCCAAAGAUCUGCCCGCCAAAGAGCGGUUCCUCAAACAGGCAGUGUCCGACUGCCACCAGGAGGCCCGAAACCAGGAUCUGACCGUCAAGACACUCGCCAUCCUCAAACUGGCAUAUCUGGAGAUGCUGGGUUACGACAUGUCGUGGGCCUCCUUCCACGUCCUGGAGGUCAUGAGCUCGCCAAAGUUCCAACAAAAACGAGUGGGCUACCUCGCUGCCAUCCAGUCCUACCGUGACGACGACGAUGUGUUGAUGCUUGCGACCAACCUCCUUAAACGUGAUCUGACGUCAAGCUCGCCGGUCGAGGUGUCCGUGUCUCUAUCCGCAAUCGCCACCAUUGUCACCCCUUCACUCGCUCAGGACGUGCACCCCGAAAUUGUCAAAAUGCUGUCCCAUUCGAAACCCUACAUCCGAAAGAAGGCAGUGCUGGCAAUGUAUAAGAUCUUCCUCCAGUACCCAGAGGCACUGCGGACGUCGUUCUCUCGUCUCAGAGAUCGACUCGAUGAUUCAGACCCCUCAGUUGUUUCUGCCACAGUCAACGUGAUCUGUGAGCUCGCCAAGAAGCACUCAAAGAACUACGUGCCCCUGGCCCCACAACUCUACCAGCUGCUGACCACGUCCUCCAAUAACUGGAUGAUGAUUAAGAUCCUCAAGCUGUUCUCGUCGUUGGCACCCAUUGAGCCUCGGCUUAAACCUAAGCUGUUGCCUCAGAUCAUGACCCUGAUCCAGUCCACCUCGGCACUCUCCCUCCAGUACGAGUGCAUCAACUGCAUUGUGAGCGGAGGCAUGCUAGGAGAAGACGACCACGAUGUGGCUGGUGUCUGUGUCGAGAAGCUGUCGUCUUUUGUGAACCAAGGCGACCAGAAUCUCAAGUACGUGGGUCUUUUAGCGCUUGGGAAGAUCGUCAAGGUCCAUCCCAUUCUUGUUGGAAAGCUGCAGGGUGUCAUUCUGGAAUGCCUCAAGGAAAACGCCGAUUCCACGAUCCGAGAACGAGCACUGGAGCUUGCCAACGAUCUUGCAUCGGAACACAAUGUUGAAACCAUUGUGAACCUGCUGCUUUCCCAGCAACUUACCCACGCGUCCAUUUCAUACAUUCUGGACAUGUGCUGCAGAGACACAUACUCACUCAUUUCCGACUUUGAGUGGUUCUUGAAUGUGCUCAAGAAGCUCGCACUGGUCGAUUUCCCUCUCGAAGACCCUGCUCGGAUCGGAGAAACGCUCCGAGAUCUGUGCAUGCGAGUCCCCGAUAUGCGAGAGGAGAUUACCGGAGUUUGCUACGAAAUAUUCACAGACGGAGGUGUGUAUCUCCGGAACCCCGGCGUCCUGCCUCCCGUUCUCUUCUGUCUCAGCGAGUACCCCAUGCAUCGACAAAAGGACAUUUUGGACUUUUGCCUCAACUCAUACUCGCACGUCAGAGAGAACAGUGGCAGCAGCAACAAUGCUGUCGAUCUGGCCGUUUGUGUAUGCAUCGUGAAGGUGUUUGGCAAGUUCUGCGAGGGCAUCAUCUGGUCAUCUCCCAACGAGCUUUAUGUUAAAAAGACUGUGACCAAUGUGAUCAAGUUUUUGUCGUCAUAUCUUGCGUCGCCGGACUACGAGCUGCAGGACUUUGCCACCCAGUUUUCCGAGCUCUUCAAGGUCAUUUCCGAGUCUCUGGAGGAGGAGGGUGUGCCUGUGCUUCUUACCGAGGUGCUGCCGUCUUUCUUUGCAUAUGAACUGAAUCCUGUGGCACCAGACACUCAGAAGAGAAUUCCAUUCUUAGAUCUGGAGCUCCCUCCCGAGCUUGAGCAGACCCUGGAAGUGGAAUUCUCUGACAUUGAGGACGAGGAGGUUUAUGUUGAGGAGGAGUUUACCCCCCAAUUUGCUUCUACGGUCAGUGGAGUGCAGAAGGAGAGUCUACUGGAUGCUCGUAAGGAGCGACUAGAGAAGCAGAAGGAUGAUCCGUUCUACAUUUCUCGAGACACUACGCCCAAUCCUCUCAAGGACGAGCAGGUGGACGUCGAUUCCAUCCCCGUGGUGGACCUGCAGAUCAACGAGACAUCGAUAAAGACUCCGCCCAUUCAGACCAAGCCGAAGCGCAAGAUUAAGAUCAUCAAGGACGAGCAGAUUGAUGGCGAGAUUGUGCCCAAGUUGGAGGUGACCAAGAACGUCAAGAAGAACGUUUUGAUUCGGCCCAACCAGCUCGACCAGUUUGAGCUGGAGGACGACAAGGACUCGCCCGAGGUUGCGCAGAUGAAGCAGGAGCUCAAGGACAAGAAAGAUAAGAAGGACAAGAAGGACAAGAGGGACAAAAAGGACAAGGAAAAGAAGCCCAAGAGCAAGGCCAAGAAGGAGGGGGCUGAUGGCGAGGUCAAGGAGAAGAAGCGCAAGAAGCGGGUUGCCGUCAUCGAGUAG